AUGGGAUUGACCUCAUCCUUGAGAAGAAAUAACAAGAGUUUCCUCAGAAUCUUCAUGAUCUUGGUUCUAAGCUGUAUACCAGGUAGAACCAAUCUUUGUUCCAAUAAUUCUGUUACCACCCCAAUAGAUUUACCUCCAGAUAUUCGUUCCUCAUUAGACACACUAGCUUUGGAGGGUUACAUAAGCUUUGAUGAUGUCCACAAUGCUUCCAAGGACUUUGGCAACAGAUACCAGUUACCACCUCUGGCAAUUCUCCAUCCAAGGUCAGUUUCUGAUAUUUCAACAAUGGUGAGGCAUAUAGUACAUCUUGGCUCCACCUCAAAUCUUACAGUAGCAGCCAGAGGCCAUGGUCACUCGCUUCAAGGACAAGCUCUAGCUCAUCAAGGUGUUGUCAUCAACAUGGAGUCACUUAGAAGUCCUGACAUCAAGAUUCAUAAUGGGAAACAGCCGUAUGUUGAUGUCUCAGGUGGUGAAUCAUGGAUCAAUAUUCUAAGGGAGACUCUAAAAUACGGUCUUUCACCAAAGUCAUGGACUGAUUACCUUCAUCUCACUGUUGGAGGUACUCUUUCUAACGCUGGGAUCAGUGGUCAAGCCUUCAAAUAUGGACCCCAAAUCAACAACGUCUACCAGCUAGAGAUUGUCACAGGGAAAGGAGAAGUCAUGACAUGUUCUGAGAAGCAAAACUCUGAACUUUUCUACAGUAUUCUUGGGGGGCUUGGACAGUUUGGCAUAAUCACCAGGGCAAGGAUAGCUCUUGGACCUGCACCACAUAUGGUUAAAUGGAUCAGAGUACUAUAUUCAGACUUCUCUGCAUUUUCAAGGGACCAAGAAAGUUUAAUUACCAAGAAAAAUGGUUUUGACUAUGUUGAAGGGUUUGUGACAGUCAAUAGAAGUGACCUCCUUAAUAACUGGAGGUCAUCAUUUAGUCCUAAUGACUCCACAGGAGCAAACCAGUUCAAGUCAGAAGGAAAAACUCUGUACUGUCUAGAAGUUGUGAAAUAUUUCAACACAGAAGAAGCUGACUCUAUGCAUCAGGUGAGAUCUGAAAGCAAUAUGGAGACAAUCACUACUAUACUCUCUAGAUUUGCUAACAUAGCAGGAAUGGUCGCCCUGCAGGAAACUGAGAAGUUACUUUCAGAGUUGAGUUAUAUUCCAUCUACUUUGUUCUCAUCUGAAGUGCCAUACAUUGAGUUUCUGGACCGUGUGCAUAUUGCUGAGAUAAAACUGAGAGCAAAGGGCACCACUAAGGCUACCAAUGCUGCCGCCAGAAACCAAGAACUGUAA